UCGAAACUGGCAGUUCUCUUCCGGUCGCAGUAGCUUCCUUUUUCUGAUUAUCUGGCGAAAAGUACAGUUGUGUUGCUAACGAACGCACGUGUUUGUAAUUUUUCUAAUUUUUUGCACAGCCCUAACCAACAAAAAGCUGAAUCAUUUAAUAAAACGCCAGUAUGAGUGCACCACAGAAUUCGAACAAUAUUAACUUAAAUCCACUUGAUGCACUUCAUUUGGAGACGCUUAACUGUCUUUACGGGCAAGCGCAGAACGUGUCAAUGCAAUUUCCAUUUCCAACUUUACCGGCGUCAGUGCCGUCGCCGCUACCGCUGCCCAUGCACUUUAGCCCACCAGAAGCUAACAUGAAUAUAAUGCCAAUGAUGCUGCCACCGUUUCAAGGCUUUGGAAACAUCACGUCCAUGCCUAUGGCGCAGGCGACCUAUCCGUCAACAAUGCCACUUUAUGUGCAAACCGAGCCAUCGCCGCCGCAGGCUCAAAUGCAGUUUAACCAUUUCUAUGCGCAGCCGCCACCGCCACCACCACCACCGAUGCCGGAUUACCCGCCACCCCCACCGCCGCCACCAUUCGGUUGUAAUGACAAUGUGUCCUUAAAUUUUAAUGCAGCAGCAGGACAUACCUUUAUAAAUGGCGCUUUGUAUAAUACGGAGUACUUGGCGCCUUCAGGACCCGAGUACGGCUCUAAUAUGGGCAUGGGAUGUGGCACAGAGCAUAAUGACUCUGAUGACGACUUUUACGAUCCGAUGAGUGAGGAAAUGCCCGCUAUCCACGGCAUACGCCUAUAUAAUCCCACUUACGGUCCAGAGGGCGCUAUACCAAAGCGUAAGCCAAUGCGUCGGGCGGGAGUCUGUAAGCCCGCAUUUCCUUUUUCAGCUGCAAGCGAGUCUAAGAGGAGCCAUAUGACUGAGCCCUUGCUCAUGACUGCAAUGCCGCAAUCCUUUCACUCGGCUGCCACUAACGAUUUGGACAUUCCUGGCGCAUGCGUCGCACCAAACAGUUUCCAGUUGAAUGCCAAGUCGCCAACGCUAACGCCAAUGCCUAUUCGCAAUCAGCAAAAGUCCAGACACCAUCGACGUCAAGGACGCGUUUCUCAAUCCUUUGGUAUUGUGUCGCCCCUGCUGGUUUCACGUACCACUUAAAACUCACAAAUCUCAAGGAAACAUCACAAGUAUUAGCUUUAGAUGGCGCCAAGCCAUCCAAUUAUUAGGCAUGCAACACAGAAGAACAUUUUACACCGGACACUAACGGAAGUAUUAAAUAUAUCAAACAGAAUUAAACACUAACACACUAACUAAUUAACAUAUAUACAUAUCUAUGAAAUACGAAGUCU